CUGUGCUUCUCGUUCCCUCGUCCUCGGGUAUUGAUUUCCGUAGAAGGUUAGGACGCGGCUUAGAUGUGUGUUGUCUACGCUACCGUUAGCAGCCAGCUACGUUUUCCGUAACGUCGCGCGCGUAUUCGUGGGCCGGCCUCCACCUCCACCUCCACCUCCACCUUCUCUCUCUCUCUCUCUCUCUCUCUCUCUCUCUCUCUUUCUCUCUCUCUCUCUCUCUCUCUCUCUCUCUCUCUCUCUCUCUCUCCUCUUUUACGAAGAGUCGCGAGUUCCCAAGUGUUGCGCCAACUUUCGCCAUCCUCGUUGGUGUUUCUACUGUCAGAGGAGAACGCGUGGUGCCUGUCUUCUUGUCUUCGAGGAAGAGAGCUUUAACUCUGUUUGUCUGAUGCAUUAUCAUUGGACACAGUAACACGUGAGAGAUCAUAAACCGUCUGAUUUCUUUCUCUUCGUAUUUGAAAGAAAAGAAGGAAUACACGAGGAAGAGAUUCCUCGUUAAAUAGAAGACUUCGAUUUAACCGGAUAGGCCCAACCAGCGCUUCGGGGCACCUUCCGAGAUGCCUGCACCAACGUCAGCGGCGGGUGCGGCCGAAUGUGGCCCACCUCGCACCGAAUUGCAAGAAUUACAGCUGAAGGCCGACCAGACCACCGAUGAGUCCCUGGAGAGUACGAGGCGUAUGCUGGCAUUAUGCGAGGAGAGCAAGGAGGCUGGCAUCCGCACUCUGGUCGCGCUCGAUGACCAGGGAGAGCAAUUGGAUCGAAUCGAGGAGGGCAUGGACCAGAUCAAUGCGGACAUGCGAGAAGCAGAGAAGAAUCUUACCGGGAUGGAAAAAUGCUGCGGUCUCUGCGUUCUCCCGUGUAACAAGAGUGCAAGUUUCAAAGAGGACGAAGGAACGUGGAAGGGUAACGACGACGGUAAGGUCGUUAAUAAUCAGCCUCAACGCGUGAUGGAUGAACGCAAUGGACUCGGCCCUCAGGGUGGCUACAUCGCUAAGAUCACGAACGAUGCGCGUGAAAACGAAAUGGAAGACAAUAUGGGUCAGGUAUCGACGAUGAUUGGGAAUCUCAGAAACAUGGCUAUCGAUAUGGGCAGCGAGCUCGAGAAUCAAAAUCGACAAAUCGACAGGAUCAACCGGAAGGGCGAAUCGAACGAGACAAGGAUACAAGUGGCCAACGAGCGAGCCCAUCAGCUGCUCAAGUAAAAACCACUCACGACCAUCUCUCUCUGCACCCCCGUCUCGGCCACCGGCAUUACUGAUACCAUCAUCAUGUACAACAACAACAACAACAACAACAACAACAACAAAAUACAAAAAUCAGCACCAAGACAAGUACCAUCACAAUUAUACUUACAAUUUACACUAUACAUACAUAUGUAUACGCUUACCUUUUUUCUUCCUUUCUUACUUACUCAUUACCCUCUUAAUCUAUAUAUCUGUAUUAUUAUUCGCUGAUAAGAAUAUCAUCAUCGAAGGGACGAACAAAAUGGAAUGGAUAGCAAUAUCAUAGAAUAAUUGUUAAUCAACAAGACUUAUUAUGGGUCUUUUGAUUUCUAAUUUUCGAAACUUGAUAAUUCGUCCAUUUUUCUUCUUUCCUUAGUAUUUAUUCUUUGCCACGUAACAGUAUUUUCAAUUAUCCUGAUGUUACUUAUUUCUUUACGCAGUUAUUAUUUUAAUUUAAAGAAAAAGAAAAAGAAAAAAAAAAAAAAAGAAAUAGAAUGUCUACUCAUAUAUUCGUAGUAUCGUCCAAUGAAUUAUUUUUCCUUAUCGAUAAUAAGACGCGUGAAACAUAUCGUUUGGCAUCAUUGUCAUCAUAAUUUUCCGUACUUAAGGAAGCUUCCUAAGUCAAACUGUGUAUUAGAAACUAUAGCAAUUCUCUUAUUGUAUGUACCGUCAAUUUGAUAUACUGAUUCAUUAAACAGUUUGUCAUAUCGAUUAGCCAAUCCCCGUCCAUCUUUAAUAAAAAAAAAAAAAGGUAUUUAUUUAUUUAUCCUUUUAUAUUAUACUCAACCGAUUUCUAUCUUUUUUCUUCUUUUUUCGUUAAUCGUGUCUCUCUACACACGUGAUAUACACAAGCAACUCACACACGCGUACACGUUACUCACGUUAUACGUUCACGUUCACCUUAUCACCGUACGUCGCUGAAAAAAAAAAAAAAAAAAAAAAAAAAAAAAAAAAAAAAAAAAAAAAAAAAAAAAAAAAAAAAAAAAAAAAAAAAAAAAAAACCAAACGAAAUAAUAAGCAAAAUAGAAAGAGAAAUUAACUAGAAAAAAAAAAAACAGUCUUUUUCGCGACGGAUCUUCUUUGCUCGUGAAAAUUAUCCAACGAGAGCACGUCGUACACUUUAAAAUCGCGUCAUAUUUUAAAUCUUUAAAUAUACGGCGCUUGAUUAGAGUUCUCAGCGGGAACUAAUCCGCGAUUAGUAGACGCCGAGAAGAAUUGUAAAUUUUAAGCGACUCACGACGCGCGUUAGAGAUAAGCGAGAAUAAUAAUAUACGAGAGUCAAGUUUCUUAUCUCAACGAUCCUCUAACGAGUACAAAGCUAAUUAAAAAGCAAAGAAAAAAAAAGAGAAAAAAAGGAAAGAAAACAAUUAUAAUAAAUAAUUACAUAGAUCGAGACCGCAUUGUACGAGAUUUUCCUUAUUAUCGCUAUUGUUAUCAUUGUUGUUAUUAUUAUUAUUAUUAUUAUUAUUAUUAUUAUUAUUAUUGUUGUUAUUAUUAUUAUUAUUAUUAUUAUUAUUAUUAUUAUUAUUAUUAUUAUUAUUAUUAUUAUUAUAAUGGGAGCGCGAUCUUGGAUUUUUGACGCUAUUGAGAUAUGCGUUAUCUCUCUUGUAUAUGAAAAUUCAAUUAAUAUAAAAGAGAAUGAAAAGAAAAAAAAAAGAAAAGACACAAUAACAACAAGAACACAACAACAACAACAACAACAACAACAACAACAACAACAACAACAACAACAACAACAACAACAACAACAACAACAACAACAAUCCUUAAAAACGAAAUAGAAACACACAGGGAAGAAAGGAAAAAGAAGGACGACUCGCGUAACGAGAGACGUGCGGCACGAACUCGAGCUUUGAGUUCUUCUUCCUCCAAUGGGUUAAAGAAUGUCAACAACAGGUGAUAAUGGAAUAUACACACACGCGAAACGAUAUAAUGAUAGAGAAAAAAGACCAGAGAAACAUAUAUAAUAAUUGCAAUACGAUAUGGACUAAUGAGAGAGAAAAGAUAAAAUUUGGGCCUUUUUUAUAAUUAGCGUAAAAAAAAAAAAAAAGAAAGGAAAAGGGAUCGACGAAUUUUCAUAUAUUCGUCGUUUGUUCGAUCUUGUCUUUCGAGUUUCGUGACUUUUUGUUCUUUUUACUUUUUUUCUUGUUUCAUUGUUUUUUUUUUUUUUUUUUUAUUUUAUUUCAAACUUUGCGUCACCUAAAGUGACCCCGAUUUGGUAUCGGAAAUAUAUAUAUAUAUAUAUAUAUAUAUAUAUACACAUAUAUACAUAUACAUAUAUGCAUGUGUCAUCUAAGAUUUUUUUUCGUAAAUGAUUCUUAAUUAUUUUGAUUUUUCUUUUUAUCUAUAGGGACACAAUGAAUCCGACGAAUUAGGGAAAAUAAAGAGAACAUUAUUAAUUAUUAAUUUCUAUUUCUAAGAAAACAAAAAAGAAGAAUUGCAAAUCGUAUCGAUUGAAAGAAAAUAUAAACCUUUAAAGGUAAAGAAAAAAAAAAAAAAAAAAAAAAAAAAAAAAAAAAAAGAAAAAAAAUACUAUCUCUUUUUACUUAUUUGUUCGCUCUAAGUAAAAUUGCUUUACGUCAAAAAUUCUUUUUAUAUCUCAUCAAAAUCGAUAUAAAGAUAUUUUAAGAUCUAGUCUUAGGUGACUCACCCAAUAUGUAUAUGUGCAUUUACGUAUCUAUGUAUGUACAUGACGAUUUUCAUCAUGAAAACAUUUUUCUCUCUCACUAUAUGUAUUUAUAUAUUUCGUAUAUACGAAAAUCUACAUAAUCAUAGACAUAUAUAUAUACACACGCAUACAUACAAACACAUAUGUACACGAGCACGCGUAUAUACGUAAUAUCGAGAGGAAAUACGACCAAGAAAAAGGAUGUUAGGCGCGAGGAAAGGGGGGUGGGGAUAAGGGGGAGUAACCGCAAAUAGGAAGAAAUAGAUAAAAUAAAAAAAGGGGAAAAGUAAUCGGAGGAGAUGAGGAGGAGGAGGAGGAGAAGAAGGAGGCGAGGAGUAGGAGGAAAAUCAAAAGAUUUUCCUACGAAGAUUAGAAGAAAAAUAUCAAAGCAGAAAAGAAAAGAAAGGUAGCCAAAGAAACGUAAGAGGAAGAGGAAGAGGAAGAAAAAUAAGAGAAGAAGGAGGAGAAGGAGGAGGAAGAAGAAGGAGAAGAAAUGAAAUAAAAAAAGAAAAUGAAGAUUGAUAAGCUAAACGAGAAAAACGCGUCAUGUUCGUCGAGGAGUUGUCCCGAAUAAAACUUGUAGAUAAAUAUAAUCUCCCUUUUUUCAAUCGUCUUAACAAAAUCACACGACACAUGUGCACGUAACGAACACUUACACGACAUACGCACACAUAAGUACAAAAUUAAUCCUACAUAUAACACGAACAUAAGUCGUAGAGGUUAGCUGUUCUCCACCUUCCCCAAAGUUUAUGCGCCCGUCGCUUUAUGAGUGCGCCGGGGUCACAGUAAGGUAUAACUCCAAUAAUUAGCUGAUAUCGAGAGGAAUGGAAAGAGGAAGUGAGGACAUACAAAAUUAACAAAAAAGAAAACAAGAGAAAACUUAAAAGAAUAAAAAACAAACAAAAAACAAGAAAUAAGAAAAAGAGAGAGAGAGAGAGAGAGAGAGAGA